AUGUCGACGUUUCAUCACGACCAGACCAUGGCGCCCCUGGGCGAUUUCCCACAGCGGACGCCCCAGCUGUUGUCCUUUGAGCUGGUGCAACAUGUCGGUUACUGGCUGGAGGAAAAGCUCUACAGAUUAGCAUUGAAUCUCUUGUUCAACACCCUCGCCUCGGGGACCUAUGCUUCAAACAAAGUCCUCACCCCUCUGCCACAGCAUCUUGCCCUUGCAGCAACGUUCCUUGUUCACCCUUCAACGACCACCCGCGCCCAGUCUGUCCACGAAAAAGAUGCCCCGGAUGUUGCGCUGCGCCUGCUGCGGCUGUACUGCGCCCAGGUCAACCCCAUAGAAGCAAAGCUCAACACGGCGUUUAGUUUUGCACGUUCCAAGAUUUCGCGGUCGGGACGAAGAUAUCAUGAAGAACAUGAACCGGAUAGUGAUCUCCGCCAUGACGAGACGAAACCGUUGAAUCUUGAAUUGGGCAAGACAGAGUCUUUGUGGUCUCGCGCAGAGGACUUUUGGCACGCUGUUGGAUGGUCAUUCAAUUGUUCUGUGCUUUAUCCGGAACGGUGGGAUCGUUGGCAGAUUUGGUUGCAGUUCAUGUGCGAAGUGCUCGUGGAUGACUGGUUACAGCGAGAGAAGGAAUACCUUGCGCUGCAGGAACAAAGAAGGGAAAAAUCCCAAAGUACCGGGCAAGAGGGGAAAUCCGAAACAACGGACAACGUGAUACAAAAUCGGGACGAGGACCUGGAUAUCCUCCGGCAGAGUCUGAUUUUCCAGUAUAUCUCUGCUGGCGCGAGGAAUGCAAACACUCGUCGAAUUAUCAGAUCUAUCUUCGCGGACGGGAGUACCGCAUCGGUGAAUGAGUUCCGAGAGGUCUUCGAGAAGGAACUCGUCCCUUUAGACCCCGCGAAAGACGCUGCUAAGGCGAAGAAGCGAGACCGUGAGGUUAAUAUCGAAAAAGAACAAUACGGCGACUACUUGAAUGAUGACUCGGAUGAUGAUCCUACUUCCGGUAUCAGUUCACAGUCCUGUGCCUCUACGCCUCUGGAAGAUGUGACAAAUAUUCGACGCUCGAAGCGCACCAGGCGAGGCACCCGGAACGCUUUAGAUCCAACUGCCGCAGAGCCAGCCGCAGAAGCUUCCGAUGCAAGUCAAGGACACCUCACACCUCACGGUAGCCGUGUAUCCCAACUGGGCGGCCUUGAGUCUCUCGCAUUACGCAAGAAGCUGCUCGGCAUCUUAUCCAGAGUAUCCGACUACCUGCCCCACAACUUCAUCGAACUCGACAAUCUCUAUCAAUCCUUUGUCGAGCAUAUCCGCCACCAACCCCCCCCGAUCUUCCAAGCCUUUGUCAAUCCACUUGUGCUCCCCGAACUCGAUGAUGAAGCACAGACCACCCUUUGCGAGUUCCUGCUAUUCAAUAUGAUCGAAAGCGCUGCCCGCACAUCACAAGAGGAUCGACUCACCGUUGCAAAGCUGGAAAAAUGCUUUCUUCCAUAUGCCACCGCUACUUCCAGCGUCGUUGACAAUGCCAAGUUCUCUAUCAUUCUUGAGUCAUUGGUUACUCUGCUCGCAGGCCGAGGUUGGAUCAAACAAACACCAUCUUUGAGGGCGGCGGUUGAAAAGGGGAUUAAGCGUCGAGCGCAGCGGGCACAGGGAGAGGCACAUCGGGGCCAUGCUAAUCAGAAAAGGGAGGAACUUGAGUGGUGCUGGCUGCUGGAAAGUGGGGAAAGACUGUUAUUCUUGAUCGAUCUUCUCCCGGUGAAAUAG